AUGUUCCACUUCACAUUCAAGCGUACCCGUCUUUCUACUCCCAUUCGACGCUUCAACAUCAACACUCACAAUUGCAUUUUAAACCAGGCAAUCUCCUCUAAAGAUGCUGCCGCCUUGGACAAGGACCUGAUGGAGGUUGGUGGCUGGUCCCUAGAUCAGUUGAUGGAACUAGCAGGACUCUCUGUCGCGCAAGCUGUAUGGAAAGUUCACCCCCUUAGCGCAGGCAAAAACAUUCUGGUCGUCUGCGGCCCAGGUAACAAUGGAGGAGAUGGACUCGUAGCAGCACGCCACCUAGCACACUUUGGCUACAACCCCUCAGUAUACUACCCAAAACAAGGCAAAAACGAACUCUACCAACGCCUUCGCAUCCAACUUGACAACCUGUCUGUGCAAUUCAUAACCGACUUCCCAGCAGCCCUGAAGCAAACCAAUUUCCUAGUCGACUCAAUCUUUGGGUUUUCCUUCGGAGGGCCACUCCGCGAUCCCUUUGGUGACAUAGUCUCGCAAAUUGAAACGGCAAAUGUGCCUGUACUGAGCGUUGAUGCGCCUAGUUCAUGGGAUAUUCAGAGCGGGCCACCAAAGGAAGGACCUGGUGCGAAAUUUAUGCCUAGUUCACUCAUUAGUUUGACAGCGCCGAAGCCUUGUGUGCAGUUUUAUCGGGGACGGCAUUUCAUUGGGGGGAGGUUUUUGACUAAGGGUAUUGCGGAGAAGUAUGGACUUGAUUUGCCUGCUUAUCAGGGUGUUGAGCAGGUCUUGGAGGUUCAAGUUGAUGCCGAGGGGAAGUUGUGA